AGAUAGAGAGGAARAAGGUGCGGAGGUGGUUGGCUAUGAAGGAUGGGCGAUGGAGGUGGAGGGGGAAGAAGGUGUAAGGUGGUUGGCUAUGGUGGAUGGCUGAUGGAUAUGGAGGAGGAAGAAGGUGCGGAGGUGGUUGGCUAUGGAGGAUGGGUGAUGGAGGUGGAGGAGGGAGGUGCRGAAGUGGUUGGCUAUGGAGGAUGGGGGAUGGAGGUGGAGGAGGGAGAAGGUGCAGAGGUGGUUGGCUAUGGAGGAUGGGUGAUGGAGGUGGAGGGGGAAGAAGGUGUAAUGGUGGUUGGCUAUGGUGGAUGGGUGAUGGAGGUGGAGGAAGAAGGUGUGAGGUGGCUGGCUAUGGUGGAUGGGUGAUGGAGAUGGGAGGAGGAAGAAGGUGCGACUCAUGAAAGUCUCGUCUCUCUCUCUCUCUCUCUCUCUCUCUCUCUCUCUCUCUCUCUCUCUCUCACCCCAGGGAUUUUGUGGACCAGUCAAGUUCCCACGACUGUUCUCAUUCCKACCCUCUCACCCCCCCUACUGCCUUAGCCAGAUCCAAGUACACCCAUCUCUCAUGACCAGCGUCCACUGUCUGCCAGCAAUUUUUUCUGAAGGUAUCUUUGCCUUGAAAGCCCGGUUACCCGUUGGGCUUUUCGUGGAUUGUGCGGGCAAGCCCG